AGAGCAUGACCAGAACUGAUAGUGUAUGUGGAUUACUCGACACUUGUGGAGCUGUUGGGAUUAGGAGGGAAGUGGCGCAUAUCAGUUUAUGGGAAAGCAUAUGAAUACAGCUGUAUGUAUGUUUCCCAAUGAGAUGCAGAUACAUCAACAGCUGGCUGUUCUGGUGGUAUGCUGCAGUCUAGCAACAGGCCAGAUAUCCUCACGUUAUAUUUUCAUCCAAGAACCCAUGCCCUGGGCCAAAGGUCGUGAGUACUGUCAGAGCCACUUUGUGGACCUUGCUGUUUUGAGCACAGAGAAGGAAUACUUUGCUCUCCUCAGUGCCAUCCCCAUGAACAAUGCCAGCUUUUGGCUUGGCCUCCAUAAGGAGAGCAGUGGCUGGAAGUGGACUAAUGGGGAACAACUGAGACUCACUCACUGGUACAACUACAACCAUGAGGGCCACUGUGUAAGCUUGGAGGCCAUGUUUGAAGAAGAUGACAAACUAUUGGCCCGUUCUUGUAAUGAGCAGCACAGCUUUGUUUGUCAGGGACCCGUUUCCCCUCAGUCAGUGUCCGUGGACUUUGUGAACAUCGAUCACAUGAAGCUAAGCUGGAACAUAUCUGCACUUAUGCAGACGACUUCUCACUAUUACAAUGUGACAAUAUGCGGCUUCAUUUGUGAGAUGCUGUCCUACCCCUACAACAACAGCUCCUCCCUUAUGAGCAUCAGCAUCUCCAACUUAAGUGCAGCCACAGAGUACUUCAUAUACGUUUCUGCUGUUGUUAUUCAUCUUGACCAGGAGACCAGCAGGAAAUGGAUUCUUCAAGCUAAUCCUACCAUGCUAAAAGCUAAAACAGUGACAUCUAAUAAGACUCACAUAAUCUUUUUCAUCGUUCUGGACUUAUUCAGUCUGGUUUUAAUGGUCUCUUCAUUUUGGUAUAUUUACCAAGUUGUGAAAAAGAAAUCCACAGAGAGGGUCGGUGGCAGAUUGUCAGCAGGUUCAGCGAUUGUUGAGCUGAUCCCACACAGAAUUGGGUUAGAAAAACUGGAAAAUGUCAUAUUUUAGCAACCAAGAAAAAAGUUUUAUUUUGACCCUUAAAUUGUUUUUGUUCAAGCUGUGAAAAGUUUCACAGCUUAUCCAGUGUACAUUGUUGUGUACACUGGAUAAAUGCACAUUAUUAAAGUUCAGUUCUAUAUUUAUAUAAUCGGUUUAGUUCACAGGCACUUACGUUUAAAAGACUGGCUGUCAGUCAAGCUCUGUGCAUGAACAGAUAAGCUACGUAUCAGCUCAGAUCAUAUAUCUGAGGUUUCCUUACAUAAACCCUCUGGGCUCAUGAUCUCACGAUCAAAUUCUCCAUUUGUGUGUGUCUAAAGAAGCAAGAACUCAUGGUCUCUGCAGACAGGCUAUCUUGAAGAAGAUAGGAGAUCUUGUAUUCACGAGAAUUUCUUAAGCACAAUGUUGAAACAUUGAUUCACUGUCGCUACUGUUUCGCAACACUAAACUUUGCUAACAAAUUUCAGUUAAACAUGCUAAAUGUGUCAUGAUUUGGGUGACAGAUGAGUUUUAUGUUAAGGUUUUGUGAUCAUACCACAAACGAAUACAGUGAAUGUUGAAGAACGUUCAUGUAAUAUUGUUAUGAUGUUACGUUAAAAUUUUUCAAAUAUGUAUA